AUCAAUUCUCCUCACGCGAUGGGCAACCACAACACAAACCCCUUGGAUAUCCCUGAAAUUAUUUCAAUCAUUGGUUCCUUCUUAGAUCGAACAGACAUCAUUCGUUGCAUUUGUGUUUCCAAAACUUUUCAUUUUUCUCUGAUCGGUCUCAUUUGGAAAAGGAUCAAUGUCCGCGGAUUAGGUCGACUACGCACUUAUCGUAUUCCUACUAACGAAGCACUGGAGAAGCAUAAGAAAUAUAUUGAGGAGCUUGAUUUUGAUGAUUUUUUUGCAAGCGUGUUCUCAUCGUUGCAAGGUUGUAAUCGCCUCCGACUUGUCGAAUAUCAUACCUGGAAAACUUUUAAAAGAUCCAAUUUAAGUGAGCUCUCCGACUUGAUCAAGUCCCACAGUUCCACAAUCACUGAGCUUAGACUCAGGGGCUCGAGUUUGCGGGGAGCAUGGAGUGCAGUACUGGAGUGCGCUCACCUUGAAGCCUUGGUCAUCUUUGAAGCAUGUAUACCCAACGAUGAAGUCGAUCCAUUCUUUCAAGUCUGCAAAAAAAUUAAGACUUUGAUGAUGCAUGAAGUGCAUAUCGAUCAGCUACCUCGCGACUUCUUGGACGAGGGGACAUGCAAAUAUAUUUUCCCGAAUAUACAAAGGCUACUCCUUUGGGAUACCCUGAUAUCCUGCCCUCCACAUCCGUACACAUCAAAGUAUUGCUUCGGUAUACUCACUAGGAGAUGUCCAGAGUUACGUUCACUGAAUUUUCUUAAUCUCGAUCAGGAUAUCCAUCCUUCACAGCGAUUAAAUUUUGGUUUCUACAAGGUAGUAUUCCUCGAGCAUCAGUUCACACUGUCAAAUCUAUCAAGUCUAUAUACAAGGGCGGAAAUAAGGGACGAGGAUAUGGCGACACUUCUCAAACAGAUGACAGAGCUACGGCGGCUAGAAGUCCCGUAUUGUGAUUUUGGUCCACUCUCUCUUCGAGAAUUACUAGCAGAUGAACAAGAGAUUCUGGAGGAUGGCCAAAUAAUGCGAAGGAGAAGAGACCAAAGGCUCUGCGACACAGUUGAGAUAUUGAUAUUCAGAAGACAAAGCGGAAUAACUGAUGGUAUUGCUCAACCAAUCUUAUCCAACUGUCCAUGUUUAAGGAAAUUGGAGGGCCCUAAUGCUACGGUGACAGAGAUUGCUGAUGGUGCAGAAUGGGUCUGUACUGGACUGACUAGAAUGAGGAUUGGCCUUAAGGUUGAUGUUGAUCAAUGGACUGCACAGGGCAAGGAGAAAAGACGCAUUGUAUAUGAACGGAUACGAGGAUUGACCCAACUAGCUUGGUUCGAUUCUUGGGAGUUUAGAAGGCUGCUUUCAUUUCCAGGCUUGAUUUGAUAAGUUUGGAGGAGCCAACCUUAAGAAUCUGCGCUCAUUUGUAUUUAGAUCUAAUAGACUAGCAGCAGGUGCGAGAGGUGCAGGGAUAAGAAUUAAAAUAAAAAUAAAAAUAAGAGGAUAUAAGGGAG